UAGGACUCCGAUAGACGUACCAGUAAUUUUCACUAUCAACUUUACCGAUAAAUCAGCGUUUAUAGUUCCCCCAGAAUCAGUCGAUUCAGGCUUGUUUCGAGUGGACCGUUCACUGCCAUGCCUCGAUAGCGUUAAAGUCCUGCACGCACUUACGAAUUCCGUGUUAUCUCUUAAAUACCCAACGAUGGAUUCGUGGCCCAUGAUGGGCAGCCCGUGGCCGGCUCUCACAAUUACCGGGUCCUACCUGUAUUUUGUACUUAUCUUUGGUCCGUGGUAUAUGAAAUACAGGCAAGCAUAUAACCUAAAAUACACUAUAAUCUUUUACAAUUUAGGUCAGGUUAUAUACAAUGUCUCCAUGUUGAUUAUGGUUUUAUCGAGUUUUUAUCUGGAUGAUGAUAAAAUUAUCCAGACAAAAAAGCUCCGCCAAGCAGCCUGGUGCUUCAUGUUCAUAAAAAUCAUCGAUCUAUUAGAUACGGUGUUCUUUGUAUUACGUAAGAAGCAGUCACACAUUACAGUUCUUCACGUGUAUCACCACACAUGUAUGGCAGUGGGUACGUGGGCCUUCGUCAAAUACACAGAAGGUCAGCAAUGUGUUCUUAUCGGCGUGAUCAAUUCAGCAGUUCAUGCAGUGAUGUACGGGUACUAUCUUCUUUCUGCUCUCGGACCUCAAGUUCAAAAAUACCUCUGGUGGAAAAAAUACAUCACAAAGUUACAAAUGGGUCAGUUCAUCGUUAUCAUGGGUUACCUGCUGAGGAUGCUUCUCUAUGACAACAAUUUGCCCAAAAUUGUGAUAAUCGGCUUGUUCACCAACACCGGGGUAUUUUUGGCCCUAUUUUACGAUUUUUACCGCAAGUCCUACUUCAAACCUACUAAACAAGUAGCCAAAUUUUCAAAUUAGUGUCUCCGCAAAUUCCAAGGAAUCUUUUAAAGUCUCCUGUCACUUAAAUUCCUUCCUUAAUUGAUAUCGUAAAUAUAUGGAUUUCGUCCACACCAUUGAUUUGUUCAACUUUUUUUAUACUACUUCUUCUCAAAAAGAGUUUAAUGGCAAAAAUGUAUGAAAUCGUAUUUUUAUUCACAAUUGAAAGGCUUGAAGGACAAGGUGGAUAAGUGCAGUUUCUGCUGUUUCAAUUAAAGUUCCAAAAUUACAUGGACCCUUGGGACGAAAAGGAAGUUUAAACUCACUUUUUGAUGCUUUAAAGUUUGACUUUAGAUGCGCAUUUUUCACAGAAUAUACUCUCAGACCAGAUUAAGUUGAGUUCAUAAAAACUUCAUUUUUUUCAAAAACGCACUUAUGCGCCUUGUCCUCUAUGCCCCUCAAUUCUACUCUCAACGUAGGUGCUUGACAUAUAGACUCUCCUUCUUCACGUUAGUAACGAUCAUAACUGAAACACUUUUCAUGAGCCCUCGAAAAACUGUUGAGAAACCUAUUUGGGUCUUUUUUAAGUUUAUAAAAUUAAAGUCUGGUAAAAUUUUCGUCAAAUUUUUUUAAAAAACGACCAUUCUUGGGCACUUUUUUAAACACUCCCACCAAAAAAAUUAAUCUGUUAAAAAAACUAACGUAGAUCUAUUCGAGAUUUUUUACAUCUGUUUUUCCUUUAUAUUUACCUUUCGUUUUUACUUUAAAAAUAGCACAUUAAUCAGUUUCCCUGAGACAUCAAUUGAGAGUUGCUCUUUUAAAAAAAGCAAGUUUUUAAAGAUGUAUUUGAAAUAAUUUUGCCAUUUAGGUAGAUAAUGGAGGAAUGUACGUUAUUUAAGUGUGCACUUUUGCAAUCGUUGCAAUCUAUUUAAACUUCAUUUUGAUCAAAAUGAGCGACAUACGCCAAAAUUAUUGAUUCCAUUUGUUCUAAGCCCACAAUUCUGCUCAUAAAAAUCAGUGUAAAAUUACAUGCGUAAUUUAAGUGCCCAAUUUUGUAAUAGUUGUACCGAUUAACUUUGAUUUUCAUUUCGAUUAAAAUGAAUGAGGACCAAA